CGAAUGAUCAAGAAAUGGACGAAUGAACGAACUAUCCACUUAAUAUUCGUCAUUUUUAACCAUUCUUCUUCUUCCAAAGAAUCGAUCGAAUAAGAGGCUUCGCUUCAACAAAAUGUAAUCGCACGAAAGUUUUUUCCAUGCCAUCGAGAAAACGAAAAUCAUGCGGAGGCAAGGAUUGCAAGUGUAUGAUCUGUCGCGAGCUGAGUGACUGCAGGAUGCCGGCUAAUCUCGAGGCUCCACCUCGCCGCGAGGGCGUCAACUUCAUCCUACGUCGGGCCCUGCCAUUCACAAAUAAAUCUCCGACCAAAGAAUGGUUAAACGUGACCGAUGAUAAAUCGUCACGCGACGAGGAUAACGGCAUCACGGGGGAGAAAAUUGAUCGCAGGCGUAAAUCGGGGGGCGACACGAUGACGCAGGUGAUGGUGGGGGUUGAGAACAACUCGAGGAAAACCGACAGAGACGUGGCCCACAAGACCGUGAUCUACUUUGGUGACACUAAUCCCAGGCAGGGCAAACUCAAAGAAGGGGGUGAAUCGAAAAGGGAGGAAUCGAAGAAAAUAGGGGAUUCGAUGAGGGAGGAGCGAGUUGUUGAUUCAGGUUCAGAGGACGGAAGGUGUGGCGAUGGGGAUAGAAACGAGAGGCAACGAUCGAGCCUUGCAGAGAAGGAGGAGGAGGCGGAGAGGACCAAGGUCACGCACGAAAUCGUGGUGAACGUUAGCCCCAGCAGGGAGGACGUGCUCAGGAUCGAGGAGGAUGAGAGCCAGGUCGUGGAUUAUUGGUCCUUGCCGGGGGACAACACCGGGUUCAAGGCAGACUGGAGCUUCGUUCAACAGUGGCGCCUGAGGGGACCGGCUGGUGGAAGUGGACGAGAAUUGUAUUGUCAUCCAUAUUCGAAAGACUUCACAGAAAAUUCUCCAAAAAACGGAGUUCACAAUAUGGUUCAUAUGGUGGCAGAAAGGGACACGGAUAGCGUUGCCCCAACGCCAACGCCUCAACACCCCCAUCACUCUCAACAUCAUCAUCUUAGUUUACAUGAAAUUCGUGCCCUUCAGAGGCGACCAGAAUGUACCGGUAAUAGUUCAUCGGAUGAGAAUCGAUCUUCUGGACAUGCAAGUAUGUCGGACACAGGCGGGCACACGAGUAGCAGUUCACCGCCGCAUCGUCACCAUAGAGCACACAGUCCGCAACAAUUAAACUCUGUACCAGAAGACGAUCGUUUAUCGGCUUCGGUUACCCAAAGAAAUGGCAGGAGUAGAUCUGGACAGAAUCGCAAUAGACAUAGAGCUACACCUGCUAAGUUACAGGUCCCCUGGUCAGGCUCUGGUCUAGAAGACAUAAAACUAGCAAUCCAGCAGCUUACUAUGCGUUCUCAUAAAUCAUCUUCCACCUAUUCCUCUUUAAGUGGAUCCGAAAGUUCAGAACCAGCUGUAAGGAGGCUGAUGAGACAUUCGAGCUUAGAAACUAUCAAUACCAAUGUAACCAGUGCGGAUGAAUUCGUUUGGGUAGAUUCUCACAAUCGAUUGGUGGAGUUACAGCAAUUACCAUGGACGCACCAUGAUGUCCUUCGUGUAUUGCAAAAUGGUCGUACCAGGGAGCAUAUGGAGCAAGUUUCUAUGGAGACGAUACCACGUCUUUCUUACCUGCUACAAAGAGCACUGGUCAGAAUUGGCAGAGAAACUCAGAGAUUGGCCAAACCUGUUGGUCUGUGUAGCAAGCACGAGGUGUAUAGCGCAUUCAAAAUUGUGCUUUGUCCGGCUUUGGCGGAUUCUUGCACUAAGGCGUGCUUGCGUGCUGCAGCAAUGUUCGCUGUAUCUGGUGAUCAGCUAAAACAAUCAAAAGCCUCUCGUUCAGGAUUACAAUUACCAGUAGGACGAUUUUUUCGCUGGAUGUCUGAUGUACGACUAGGAAGAAUGAUACAUGAAUAUGCAGCUAUAUAUUUAACCGCUGGAAUCGAAAAUCUGUUGGAAGAAAUAUUAUUGCAAUGCAUACCGAGUGAUUCUCAUACGACUUUAACUGCAACUAUGUUGGAACAUGCUAUUGCAAAUAGUGGAGAUUUAUGGGGUCUUCUUCAACCUUAUGCACAUCUUAAUGCUGGUCGAACAGCAUCAGGUGCACUUGCCAUGCCACGUUGGGCCAGUGUCAGUUCUCUAAAUUCAUCGUCAUCAUCCCGUAGCGGAAGAGAUGCAGCGGGAUCAACGUUAGAACCAUCACUUUUAACCACCUGUGUAGGAUCGAUAUCGGAACUAAUAGAUUUGAUCUCGAAGGUGGCGCAAGCUGGACGUUCAACUAUACCCUUGACAACAAAGGCAUUGAACGCUCUCUUUUAUUACAUGAGGUGUUCACAGUUAGAACAUGGUGAACGAGGUUCUGGAAUACAAGAGCUUGCGUAUGAACGAGCAUACGUUGUACUUCCACCGCUAGUCGAAUGGCUAAGAGUUGCGACCGCUCAUGCAGAACAUAGGCAUGGACUAGUUGUAGAUCAAGAUGAUAUUAAUCAAACUGCCAGAUUGUUAUUGCCUGGUGUAGAUUGUCCUGUUAGACCAAUAUGUUUCGAGGAAGUUUCAAUGUGUUCGAAACGUAUCGAUGACUCUGAAUAUGUUCGUCUUUUGACCAUGGAUAUGGCAUUCAAGAUGUUAACAAGUGGUCGUACAGAUCUCAUAGCUCAAGCUAUACCUUUGUUGCCAUCAACAAAACUUAAUACUGUGAAUGAUAGUGGUUUUACUGCAUUAAUGAUAGCAUGUAUAAAUAAUGAUGAAACAGCUGUUCUAGCAUUAUUAGACGCUGGCGUUGAUUUGAAUAUUGAAAGUCCACCUCCAGCUACUGGACAAUCAGCAAAUACACCUUCCAAAACACCGGUUACUCCAAAUAUAUCAAAUGUUAGAACUCCAGUCGCAUCAUCUGCUAUAAUAACUCCAGGAAAAAAUAUGCAGUCUCCAAAUUCAUCUUCCAGUUCACCAAGCAUAUCCAAUAAUAUUUUUAAUAACAUAUGUUGUAAUCAAUCUGGAUUCAAUGCAGAAACGCAACAUUGGACUGCUUUAACUUACACAGCAUUAUUAGGACAUUGUAACAUUGCUAGAAUAUUAUUAGAAAGAGGUGCAACUGUUGAAGGUGGUGCUAAAUUAAGCGAAGAUAAAUCCACAGUUACACCAUUGCAAGCAGCUACGGCAUCUGGUAAUUCUGAAAUGGUAGCAUUACUUUUGGCUCAUGGAGCCCAACCAUUUUUAUCAACUUUGAUAAAAGAUUCAUUUUCAUAUUCUGGUUCAGCUCAACGUGGUUGUUAUAGUGCAAUAUCAGUAGCAACAGUUCAUGGUCAAAGGAAUUGUCUACAUCAAUUAUUAUCUCAUCCAUUGAAUUUCUCCGCCAAACGAGGAGAAAAAGAAGUAUUGUCAUUAGAAGAAAUUUUGGCAGAAGGUAGUGCCAAUACUAGUCCACAACAACAAACUGUAGACGGAAGAGGAAAUAGAAAAGAAGGAAAAGAACCAGUUUUUAAUAAAGUUCAAAAUAAAGCUUUACAAGAAGCAAUGUAUCAUAGUGCGGAAAGCAACCAUUUAGAUAUCACAAUGGAACUUCGUGGAUUAAAAGUAGGUUGGACAUUACAUUGUUGGAUGCAUAGUUUAGCAACAGCUCACGAAAUGAGAUUAGAUUCUAUAAUAGAUCAAUUGCUUCAAGAUUUUCUUCAAGUAUGUCCAGAUGAUUAUUCAACACAAUUCGUACAAGAAUGUCUUCCUUUAUUAUUCAAUAUUUUUAGAUACAGUAAGAAAGAAGGUACAACUCUUCUUCUCGCAGAUAUUUUUUGUACAUGUUUUGGAUGGGAACCAAUAAAACCCAUUCGAGAUACAACACUUUCUAGUGGAUCUAGAAUAGAUCCUAAGUUUGUAAAUAAUCCAGAAUUAAGCGAUGUACAAUUUAGAGUGGAAGGAAGAGUUUUCUAUGGUCAUAAAAUUGUUUUAGUCACAUCAUCACCGAGAUUUAGAAAUAUGUUAAGUUCGAAAUUAUGUGAGGGAAAUCCUCCUAUUGUACAAAUUAACGAUAUUCGUUAUCAUAUUUUUCAGAUGGUUAUGGAAUUUUUAUAUCAUGGUGGUUGUGCUAAGUUAGAAGUUAAUCAAAGUGACGUUUUGGAAUUAAUGGCUGCCGCGAACUUCUUUCAAUUAGAUGGUUUACUUAGGUACUGUGAGGCACAAUGUUCUUCGAUGGUUGAUCUUGACAAUAUCGUUUCUAUGUAUAUUCAUGCAAAGGUUUACAAUGCUAUGCAACUUCUGGAAUACUGUCAAGGAUUUUUAUUACAAAAUAUGGUUGCUUUAUUAACUUAUGAUGAUUCAGUAAAACGUCUAUUAUUUGCCAAGAAAUUGCCUAAUCAUGAUGUUCUCGCAGGACUCCUUCUUACUUUGCAAGCAAGAAUAAAAGCUAGACGAUCUCAGCAACAAAAUAAAUUAAAAACUUAGAAAUAUUAUGUUUAUAUUAGUAUUAUAUUAGUAUCAUUUCUAUUUUUUUUUUGUUG